AGAGGGGGGAAGAAAAGUAGGGGCGGGGAGGCGAGUCUGAAAACAUCUGCGCGUCGCCAGUUGAGUUAUUUUGGGCCCCCCCCAAAACGAAGGAGGAGAUUUCUUCUGAAAGUGACGGCCGAAGACAACCUUUCGCUUCUUCUUCUUUUAGUCUCUUGCUGUUUUUUUGCCGUCUGAGGUGGGAGCGGCCCACGCGUUGGCCGAACGACUUUGUGCGCGCGCCCGCCCGCGCGUGCGUGUGGGCGCGCGAGUGCGCGGGAUGCCCCCGGCGGCGGCGGCGGUCCAGGUCCCGGUCCCGGUCCCGGUCCCGGUCCCGUUCAGGCGGACGCACCUCUGACAGUUGGCCCCAGAGAGCAGAAGGGAACCAUCAUGACACGUACGACCUCCGAAGUGCUGCUGGCCGGCUUCAUCUUCCGCUUGCUGCUGCCGCUCGGCCUCACCGCAGGCGCUUUGCUGCGUUUCAACGGCUUCUCGCUGGUUUACGUGCUCCUGCUGCUCCUGCUGCCCCUGCUGCCCCAACCCAACGCCACCUCCCUCAACGCAGGCAGCAGCAAUCGCUGCGUGACGGCGGUUUGCGUGUCCAGUUUCCUCUUCCUGCUGCUGCAGACUUUCUUCCAGAUCGCCAGCGCCACCCUCGCACCCGAGUACAACUGCACCUCCUGGCAGAAGGCGCUGAGUCAGCUGGGCUUAGUCAGUCUGACGGGAAGCGACGCGGCGUCCGCCGUGCGACAAGUCCUCCCGGACGUCGGCGUGCUGGCGCUGGGCCUGCUGACGUGGAGACUGAGCCUGAGGUCCGGCCCCUCCGCACGCUCGCAGGUCUUGCGCCAAGAAGGCGAGGGAAGCGCCGGCCGCAGAAUAGCCACGGAGCUGCAAGAAGUGCUGGCCAAGACCGGGAGGAUUCUGGCAAACGUGAUGAGCGGCGGAGGGAAAGUUCUGCUCACACUUUUGCUCGGGCUCACGGGUGUGGCGCUGCCGUCGCUCUCCUCCCUGCCCUACCUGCUCUCUUUUCAGCUGGUGUGCACUUGGUGGGCUUGGAGCGGUUCGCUCCCGCCGCCGCUCUUCAGGGCUCUCUCGCUCACGUCACUGGCGUACUCCGCCGCCCACUUCCUGCUCGUCUACGGCUACCAGCUGCCGUGGCUACAGGAGGCGUGGCCUCCCGGCCAUCCCUCUGCCAGCUUGUUGGGCCUGCUGCCCCUGGUGUCGGUGGAUUGCGCCGCUCCCUGGAGGAUGCGGCUGAACCCGCAGCUCAGCUGGUUCCACUUUGUCAGCCCUCUGACGCUCGUGACGCUCUACCACGUCGUGGCCGGCUUGCGGAGGAAUCAGCUGCUAGAUGGCGGAGGGCCGCGGCGGAGCGACCCAAGGGACUCUUUGGACUCCGGCAGCCGCGACUUCAGCGGCGACGUUAUGGCCACCGCCGCCGCCGACGAGGUCAAAAGUGCCGUCGCGGCAGAGAGGCGAAGAGAACUGUGGAGAAGCGCCGGUGGCGCGCGCGACUCCGGAGACCCUUUGGAUUCUUCGGAGAGCCGCUCCGAGUCUCCGGCCCCGCCCACGCAGAGCACGGCCUUGGAGCCGGACACGCCUCGCGACUCCUUCAGCCAAUCAGCAGACACGUCGGAGGAGACGUGCGCGUUUGAAGGCGACGCGGCGGCGGGAUGGGGCGGCGAGGACGCGGCGGCCUGGGCGGCCUGGGCGGCCUGGGGCUUCCUCCUGAAGCAGAGCUACAUCGGCGCGCUGGUGGCCAUGAUGGCCUGGUCCAUCACGUACGUGUCGUGGCCCACGUGCGCGCUGCUGCUGUGGUCGUGCGCGCUGUGGAUGACGCGCGAGCGCCGGCGCCACACGCUGGCGUCCUCGCCCUGGCUGGUGGCCUACGGCAACGCGCUGCUGCUCCUGCAGUACGUCUUCAGCUUCGCCGCCGUCCGGCAGCUUCCGGGCCUCUUUCCCAAAAAGGACGAUCCCUGCCGGGAGCUCGCGUCAAAGCUGCUGUUUCUGCUGACCUUCUGGCUGCUGCUGCGUCAGGCUCGUACGGAGAAGAGCGAGCGACGGGCCGACCCCACGGCCGUCCGCGUGGAAGGCCAAGCGUCUCGGGCGGGCGGCGCCGCUCUUCCCGGCUCUCGCUCUCCAGACCGGGAAAAGUCGCAAGAGAUUUCCUACGAGAAAGGAGGCGUGGGGCUGGCGCUGGUGACCGGGAUGUUGGUCAAAUACUGGAUCUACGUCUGCGGCACCAUGUUCUUUUUGGUCAGUUUUGAAGGCAGAAUGGUCCUGUACAAGGUCAUCUACAUGGUGAUGUUCCUGUGCUGCGCGGCCCUCUACCAGUUGAACUACCAAAAGUGGCGAGCCUGGCUCCGGGGCUUCUGGGUGGCUGUGGUGGUUUACUCCAUGUUGGUCCUCUUUCUGCUCUACACCUUCCAGUUCCCCUCGUCCCUCCGCACCUGGACCUACUACACCGGACUCAGCACUGGCAGGUUGGAGGAUCUGGGUUUGGAGAAGUUCUCGGUCCCGGUCCUCUUUGCCAGGAUCUUCAUCCCCACGGCGUUUCUGCUGGUGUGCAUCGUUCACCUGCAGUACUUCCACGAGCCCUUCCUCCGGCUGACCGACCUCCAAACUGUCGUGGACACGCACAACAGCGCCGUCGCCAGGUUAGUCCACUCCGAGGGCAGCCUUGCGGACGUGUCGGCCGGAGGAGCUUCUCGGCUCUUUGCGGAAGAGGAGAAAGAGGAGCGGCCCGAGGAGGAGUGCGGACAGGAAGAAGAAGAAGAAGUGGAGGAGGGAAAGAAUGACGCCGGGUCAUUUGAGGGCGAGAGCCUGUCGGAGGAGACGGCAGUUUUGGGCUCGUGGAGAUUGGUGGCGGACCGUCUCUCGGUCCUGUUCCUGCGCCUCCACCUGUCUCUGCAGCGCCUACAGCGCCUCCUCUGGUGGCUCCUGGAACUUCACAUCUUGAAAAUCGUCUCCUCGUACAUGAUUUGGAUGUCGGUGAAGGAGGUGUGCCUGUUCAACCUGCUGUUUGUGGCGUGCGCGGCUGUUGCUCUGCCCUGCAGGGCCUGGCGCCCCCUGGCGGCCGGGGUCUGCACCGUUUGGACAUGCGCGCUGGCCAUUUGUAAGAUGCUGUACCAGCUCGACAUCGUCCAGCCCGACGCGCGCAACUGCACCGCGCCAGGUAACGCCUCGACCGACGCUUCUACCUCAGUCUUGUAUGCUGCUCCGAUCGACCCCGCCCAGUGGGUGGGUCUUCGCAAAUAUGAGGGAAAACUGCCGGACUAUUUGAGGCACAACCUGACGAUGCUGGCGCUCUUAGCCUUCGAGGUGACCGUUCACAGACACCAGCAACUCUACCGGCUGCGAUGCAACAAAGUCCCGCCUCGGAGCAGAACUUUGUUCCGCGACAUAGGCAGGCAUCACCUGGAUCAAAGCGUGCCGAGCUGCGCCAAGUACUUUCUCAAUUACGGCUUUUACAAGUUUGGCCUGGAGACCUGUUUCCUGUUGGCGGUCAACGUGAUCGGUCAGCGGAUGGAUCUCUUUGCCGUGGGCCACGCCUUGGGGCUCAUCUGCAUCCUGUCCAGGCGCAGCAGGAAGCGAAUCGCUUCGGUGUGGCCAAAGUACUGCUACUUCCUGUCGGCGCUCUUGUGCCUGCAGUAUCUCUUGUGUAUUGGGUUCCCGCCUGCCGCCUGCAAAGAUUAUCCCUGGCGGCCCCCGACUUCCAACAUGGACUCCAACGUGGUGAAAUGGCUUUUCCUGCCAGAUUACCUGACUCCUCCAAAUCCAUUCUUCCUCCUCUACGACUUUCUGCUUCUGCUGGGCGCUUCGCUGCAGCUUCAGGUGUUUGAAGACGAGCGUGACGCCGCCGUCCGGGCGCUGGCGGGUGACAACGGCGAGAUGGAUGUAGAAGUCGGACACGUAUGGGAUCCGCCCAGCGGGCUCCAUCUCGCCGCCGUCCCCGACUUCAUGCUGUGCAGGUCUUACCUGGAUAUGAUGAAGGUCAUCAUUUUUAGCUACAUGUUCUGGUUUGUCCUUACCAUCACCUUCAUCACUGGAACCACCCGGAUCAGCAUUUUCUGCAUGGGCUACCUGGUGGCGUGUUUCUAUUUCCUGCUGGUGGGCGGAGACCUGCUGCUCAAACCCGUGGGCUCCAUCCUGCUUUAUUGGGACUGUCUGAUCGGCUACAACGUCUCGGUCAUCGCCAUGAAAAACAUCCUGUCCAUCUUGGCCUGCGGUUUCAUCAAGUCCUUGGUUGUGGACCGCUGCUGGCUGGUUCAGCUCUUCGGCCUGGCCUGCACCAUUCGAGGAUACGCCAAGCCUGCGCGGCAGAGCGGUCGACAAUGCCAAGUGCCCAGCGACGAGGCGGGAAUCAUCUGGGACGGCGUGUGCUUCUGCUUCCUCUUGCUGCAACGGAGGGUCUUCGGGAGUCACUACUUCCUCUACGUGGUGCGGGACCUGCGAAACACGCAACUGCUGGCCUCCAGGGGGGCGGAACUUUUUGAGGCGUCCACCGUGAAAGCCGCGCGAGCCAGACUGGAGGUGGAGAAGAUGUCCAUGGACCUGCUGAAGAGACAGAUGGAGAGGAUCAAAUGCCGCCAGCAGAAGUUCCGCCGAGGAAAAGAGAAAAUGCUCCGUCGGAGCCAAAAGAGCCCCCGCGGUGACGCUCGGGAAAAGACGAAGGGCAGAAGAGCGUGCGGCGAUUGGUGGCGGCCGUGGGCGAACCACGCCUCCGCGGCGCGCGGCGGAGACUACUUCCUGUUUGAGAGCGACAGCCAGGAAGACGAAGACGAGCAAAAGGAUGACGAGAAGGAGGAGCGGCAGGGUCCCGACAAAUCUGCCUUUCAGUUUGUGUACCACGCCUGGAUAACGGACUCCAGGACCGCCCUGCGAGCUCGUCGCAGCCAGAAAAAAGUGACGAAGCGGAGGCCCGAGCCGGAGACGCCGCCUUGUCAGCAAAGCGCCGGAGAGGACCCGGCAGCGCGCGGCGUGACUGAAGUGACGGAGGAGGAGGAGGAGGAAGAGGAGGAGGAGGCGCAGAAGGACAACGAGGAGGGACCAGAUACGGUCCUCCGUCGGGCCUCCAACAUCCUCCGCUUCUGCUGGGUUCUGUCGUCGGCCCUGCUGGACUCGCUGACCGCUUGGCUGCGCGGUUUGUGUCGCGAACACGCCGACAUCUCCGCCGUGCUGCGCGUGGAGCGCUGCAUGCUGACCCAGCAGGCCGAGCGGGGUCAGGUGCCGUCCAGAGAGGCCAUCCGCCGAUACGACUGGGAACACGUGAGGCGCGCUUCCGCCCAAUUGGGAAGGGACCGCAGCGGUCCCGAGCGAGAGGAGGUGCCGGCGGCGGAUACGGAGCGAGACCAGAGCCCGGGAGGGGGAAGCGGAUCCGCCUCGGCCUCCGGAGAUGAAAGGGAAGCCGACGCCUCGGCGGCGGGCGUUGUGGAAAAAGAGCGGCCGGGGCGCUCUGUGGCUCCGUCCGGCCCACGACGGCGAGCCAAACUGACCAGGAUGAAGAAGGUGGCGUCGUCCUCGGAUGAGGACGAUCUUCCAGGCGCCGGAGAAUCGAAGGAACAGGCUCCCGGACGUGGGCCUUCCGGGGCCGCCUCGCCCCCCUCGCAGGCGUCCCGCGGUCACGCUGUGGGUGCGGACAUCCGAGAGCGCUCCAAAGAGAGAACGCGCGAGAACGCGGAGGCGGAGGCGGGAUUAAGACGGCGGGGCGGCGACUUCCCGUCCGGAGGCACCUGCGCUUCCUGUCCGUUGGCAUCUCGGCCUCGGGAGCUGACGGCGAGCGAGCUUCUGAAGAACAGGACUUUCCACAAUGCCGAACUGGAGGCGUCGGACCACUUCUAUCGCCAGCAACCGCAGCUACUGCAGCUCUGCUACGCCUUUUACAACAUCCUGGCUUCCAGGUCGGAGACGGUGUGCUACCUGGUCAUGGUCUUGAACCACAUGGUGUCUGCCAGCUGUCUCACCUUGGUGCUUCCCGUUCUGGUGUUUCUGUGGGCAACUCUGUCCGUACCCCGGCCCAGCAAGACCUUCUGGAUGACGGCCAUCAUCUACACUGAGGUCACCAUCGUGCUCAAGUAUUUCUUCCAGUUUGGCUUCUUUCCCUUCAACCAGAAGUUAGAGGUGGACCGCUCAAAACCCUUCCACCCGCCCAACAUCCUCGGGGUGGAGAAGAAGGAAGGCUACGUUCUGUAUGACCUGCUGCAGCUGCUCGCUCUAUUUUACCACAGAGCCAUACUGAAGCGCCACGGACUUUGGGACCGGAACACCCCCGCCGAGCCGGCGCGCGGCCGUGAUGACCGGGCGGAAUCGAGUCCGGGUGCCGCCCCCACCGACGGGGUGUCCCGGCGCGACGAGAGGCAGGCCUGGCUCUGCGCGCCUGCGGGCGGUCUGCGUUCCGUCAAACAGCUCAGCAAGUUGGACCUCCUCCAGGAGAAACUACGAGAACUUUCCAUCCGGACCAAGCGCUCCUGCGUUUCCAACUGCGAGUCUCUUUCCGGACCGGCGCGUGGGUUCCUCCGAGCCCUGGUCCGACCCGAGUACAGCGCCGUGACGGACGUCUACGUUCUCAUGUUCCUGGCGGACACCGUCGACUUCAUCGUCAUCGUCUUUGGCUUCUGGGCCUUCGGGAAACACUCGGCGGCCGCCGACAUCACUUCCUCCCUUUCGGAGGACCGGGUUCCCGAAGCGUUCUUGGUCAUGGUUCUGAUCCAGUUCGGGACCAUGGUGAUCGACCGAGCUCUGUAUUUAAGGAAGACCGUCUUGGGAAAGUUGGUCUUUCAGGUGAUUUUGGUGUUGGGGAUCCACUUCUGGAUGUUCUUCAUCCUACCGAGCGUGACCGACAGACGCUUCAAUCGCAACCCGGUGGCUCAGCUGUGGUACUUUGUCAAGUGCAUUUACUUCGGCUUGUCGGCCUACCAAAUCCGCUCCGGCUAUCCCACGCGCGUUCUGGGCAACUUCCUGACCAAGAGCUACAACUACCUCAACCUGUUCCUGUUCCAGGGUUUCCGUCUGGUUCCUUUCCUGACCGAGCUGCGGGCAGUGAUGGACUGGGUGUGGACCGACACGACCUUGUCUCUGUCCUCCUGGAUCUGCGUCGAGGACGUCUACGCCCACUGCUUCGUCCUGAAGUGCUGGAGAGAGUCGGAGAAGCGAUACCCGCAACCUCGGGGUCAGAAGAAGAAACGAGCGGUGAAGUACGGCAUGGGAGGUUUGAUCGUCCUGCUGCUCAUCUGCAUCGUCUGGUUUCCCCUGCUCUUCAUGUCGCUGAUCAAGUCCGUGGUCGGCGUGGUCAACCGGCCGCUGGACGUCUCUCUGACCGUCACUCUCGGAGGCUUCCAGCCGAUUUUCACAAUGAGCGCGCAGCAGAAUCAGCUCAAAGACCUGACGGAGGAGGACUUCGGAGCCUUGGUCCGUUCCUACGCCUACACCCCGAGCGCCUUGCAGUUUCUGGAGGCGUACGGUCACGAAGAUGUGACGGUGGCGGAGCUGCAGGGAAGCAGCAACUCUUUGUGGACCAUCAGUCCGCCCAGCAGGCGAUACCUGAGCCAGGUGCUCCACCUGGACCACUUUCCCCUGACCUUGUCCUGGACGGUUCAGAGGAACUUAAGUCUUGGCGCAAAGGCAGAGCUCGCAUCAGGUAAACACGUGUCCUACCUGAAUGAUCAGACUCGUUUGGAACUGAUCCAGCUGCUGAACGGCACCAGAACACUUCCCGUCCCCAUCGAGGGCGUGCUGCCGUCUUUCUUACGCGCUCCCAGCGACUCCAACGCCAAACCCGUGGAGCAGCUCUACGCAGACGGCCGCUACAAGGGCAUUCUGUUGUCCCUGGAGCGAACGGCCAACGAGAACCAAGAGAUCCAGGAGUGGUGGAUCGUGGACCAACCCUCUUCCGGCCUGGUCCGUUUGGGAGCGAGCGCUGCGACAGACGCCGGGAGAGAGGCGGGCCUUCAGAUCUUUGUGUUCAGCGAUAAAGUCAGCCCGCCGAGUCUGGGCUUCCUGGCCGGAUACGGCAUUAUGGGACUGUACGCCUCCGUGGUGUUGGUCAUCGGGAAAUUCGUGCGGGAAUUUUUCAGCGGAAUCAGUCACUCCAUCAUGUUUGAGGAGCUUCCCUGCGUCGACCGCAUCCUGAAGCUGUGCACCGACAUCUUCCUGGUGCGGGAGACGGGAGAGCUGGAGCUGGAGGAGGAGCUUUACGCCAAACUCAUCUUCUUAUACCGAUCGCCGGAGACUUUGAUCAAGUGGACCAGACGCUGACGGGGUGCCGCGACGCCGUCCGCGCCCAAUCGCUCCGGCGGCAGCUCCCCGCCCGGAGGCUGGCGUUGGACCACUUCGGCAAGACGGCGAACCCCUUUCUCGUGACUCGCCACUUAGUCCCGCCUCUGCCAAGUCCAAUCUCAAGUCUGAAAUGUUAAUAAAUUUGUGAAGCGCUGCAUGUUCAA